AUGUCCCUUUCAGCAACAGCAUCACCAUACGAUUCUGAUGCUUUCUCUAAUCCUAGAAAACCUCCACAACCCCCUCUGAAGAAUGGCUCUCCUUCCAGAUUACCUCCAUCAGCCAACCAAGGAAUGUCUCAAAAAGGUUCCUUUGGCUACGCUAAUAACCAGGCAAUUGGCAAGGGUCCUAACCCCGCGACAGGAAACUACCAAUUCAACUCAAAAGUCGCGUUAGGACCAUUAUCACCCACCUCGAAUACUUACAAGAUCCAGCCGUUGCAAUCACAAAUUAUGAAACAAGGGUUUGUUUACAUCAAAGAAGAAAAUAUGUUUUUCAGUAAGUGGACAAGAAAGUUCUUAAUCUUGACAUCAAAGGAUUUGGUAUUUUAUAAAGCCGUGAAAAGCAACGAAAGCUCGAGUAAUUCAUCAUCAAUCAUCAUCAAGAAUUUAUCCAAUCCACAACUUAACAACUUCAACGAUGGGAAGGGCGAUGGGGUUGAUUAUUUCAACAAUGAUUCUCUUAUCACCCAAAAAUUGAACUUGAACUUAAUUAAUAAUAUAGUAAAGACUCAAACCAGCAAGCCGUGUUGCUUCCAAAUAAAUCACAGCAAAGACAAUAGUAACAUGGUUAUUAGUGUGAAGAACGAAAUCGAAGUUAAAUCAUGGAUGCAUGACAUCUGGGCUCAUUGCCCAGCUAAUACUCUUGGCUUGAAAUCUUCAUCUUUUGGCGGCCUUAAACAUUCAAUGACUUCCGUCAACAGCGGAUUUAUCGAUCAAAAUUCUGUCUCUGGCCCUUCAAACUUUACCCAUAAAGUUCAUGUGGGAUUUGAUCCUAAUAGCGGUGAUUUGGUUGGGUUACCUGAUACUUGGAAAAAAUUGUUAAACAGUUCCAAAAUUACCGAUGAAGAUUUAUCCAAGGAUCCACGUGCUGUCAUCGAAGCAUUGGAAUUCUAUUCUGCUGUUAAUGGUGGAAGUAAUGGGGAAUCAACCAAGAUUCCAGAAGCGAUGUUGACGGCAGGCGAAGGAGCAUCUCCAUUUGGCUACAGCCCUAGCGUUCCUAAAUUGGACAAGAUUAAUGAAUCUAAAUCUAGCUCACCUCUUUCGAGCAGAAAGCCUAGUACUAAUAACAGUUUGUACAGUCAUACUAAUAACAGUGGGCUUAAACUCGAUAAUAAUGGUGGUAAUCCAAAUAGCAAUGGAGCGUUGGACCCAAGCGCGGGAUUGAAACCGUUUAAUUUGAGAAAGGGGUCUAGUGGUGAUGGACCAGAGGAAUUGAUCAAGCCAUUGACUUUAAGAAGUAAUACUUCUCCUCAGAGUAAACCUCAACAAACCCAAAAUUUCACCCCGACUAGAAAAGCGCCUACCGCUCCAGGAAAGCAAGGACACUCACACCAACAGAGUCCUCUGAAGGCUAAUGAUUUGGUUCCAAUGAGAAGAGCUCCAGCUCCACCAAAACCUAAUAACAUGCAAAAAGUUCCAAUUGGUUCUCCUUCCCGCCAUAAGCCUCAACCAAGUACUCCUUCGCAUAUGCAACCAAAAUUCUCUAAUGAAUCUAGUAAGAUGAUUGAAAAGCAAAAAGCUUUGCAACAACAACAGCAGCAGAGAAUUCAGCAACAACAGCAGCAAGCACAACAACAAAGAUUAAAACAACAACAACAACAACAACAGCAACAACAGCAACAGCAACAACAGCAAGCUCAGCAGCAAAUGAAACCAGUGCAAACUAGUAAUGCUUCUGCUAAACAAGUGCCAGAACCAAUGAGUAAAGAGGCUUAUAUUCAAAAGACACAACAGAAACUUCAACAACAAGCACAACAGCAACAACAACAGAAGAGUAAGCCUGAAGCAGAGAAGAGAAUUUCAACGAUGACGGAAUCUCAAAUCAUGGCCAAACUAAGAUCGGUUGUCAUCAAUAUUGAUCCAAAACCUUACUUCCAAAUGAUCGAAAGGGUUGGUCAAGGUGCUUCUGGUUCGGUGUAUUUGGCCAAAUCUCUUAAGAGAAACGGCGCUAAGGUGGCAAUUAAACAAAUGGAUUUGAGUGCCCAACCAAGAAAGGAAUUGAUUGUCAAUGAAAUUUUGGUGAUGAAAGAUUCUCAACAUAAGAACAUUGUCAAUUUCUUGGAAGCGUACCUCAGAGGUUCGAAUGAGUUAUGGGUCAUAAUGGAAUAUAUGGAAGGUGGUUCAUUGACCGAUGUCAUUGAUAAUAAUUCAGGAAAGAUUACCGAGCCACAAAUUUCGUCGAUUUGUUUACAAACUAUUCAAGGGUUACAAAACCUUCACAGAAAGCAUAUUAUCCAUCGUGAUAUUAAGUCAGAUAAUGUGUUACUUGAUUCUAACGGUACUGUGAAAAUCACCGAUUUUGGUUUCUGUGCCAAGCUAACCGAUCAACGUUCUAAAAGAGCCACAAUGGUGGGUACUCCAUACUGGAUGGCCCCAGAAGUUGUCAAGCAAAAAGAAUACGAUGAAAAAGUCGAUGUUUGGUCUUUGGGUAUCAUGACGAUCGAAAUGAUCGAAGGUCAACCACCAUACUUGGACGAAGAACCGUUGAAGGCAUUAUACUUGAUUGCCACCCACGGUACUCCAAAGUUGAAGAACCCUGCUGCGCUCAGUGAAGAUAUCCAGAAAUUCUUGAGUAUUUGUUUAUGUGUCGAUGUUGGGUACAGAGCUAACACAGAUGAAUUGUUAGAACAUGAUUUCAUCAAGAUUGCUUGUCCGGUCAGCGGGUUGAGUAAUUUAUUAGAUUGGAAGAAGAAGAAAGAUAAUCUAUGA